CUCCUUCCAUUCAACAACUUCUCCCUCCGUUCACAUUUCAACUUUGUUCAACUCACUCCCCCUUCAAAUUCAACUCAAAUUCUCAUUUUGUUCUCCUUAAUUUCAUGGAAAUCUCUUCAUGCCCUUUCCUUUCAUCUGACGAUUUUUCUCAAUUUUAUCCUACACCAUACCCAGAACUCCAAACUUCUCCUCCCCCUAAUAGCCCUCCCUGGAAAAAACGGCGCAAAGAAAACGACGUUAUUGAAAUCACUGCUGACGAUGUCGUUUUAAAAGAUAAAGAUUCUUCAAAUAACAAUACUAGAAUUAAGGAGAUUUUAUCUUCUCUUCUAAUGUUUGAAGACGAAAAUGAGAGGGAAAAUCAGCCAGAAUCAUGGCUGAUUUCCCCUCAAAAUUCUGGUUCUGGACCAGUGCACACCCCCGCACCACAGACUCAAUUAGCUGAGGCGGAAGUAAAUGAUCCUAAGCAGAAAAACAAACGCUCUCGAACCGCAACAGAUUCUCAAGCGGGGGCUGGGGCUGCACCAGCAACAGCUCCAUCGACGCAGCGGAGACUAUGGGUGAAGGAUCGAUCAAAAGACUGGUGGGAUAAAUGCAGUCACCCAGAUUACCCAGAACAAGAAUUUCAAAAAUCAUUUCGAAUGAGCAAGGCCACAUUUAACAUGGUUUGCGAAGAGCUUGAGCCAGUGAUAACCAAAAAAGAUACAAUGUUACGAGCCGCCAUCCCAGUCCGCCAACGGGUUGCGGUCUGUAUCUGGAGGCUAGCCACUGGCGAACCGCUUCGACUCGUGUCGAAGCGGUUCGGCUUAGGGAUCUCUACCUGUCAUAAACUAGUACUUGAAGUAUGUGCUGCUAUUAAGACAACUUUGAUGCCGAGGUUUUUACAAUGGCCAGAUGAUGCUAGAUUAUCCGAGAUCAAAGACGAGUAUGAGUUAAUGUCUGGCAUUCCGAAUGUUGGUGGAUCAAUUUAUACCACACACAUUCCAAUCAUUGCGCCUAAAGUUAACGUAGGAGCUUACUUUAAUAAGCGCCACACUGAGCGUAACCAAAAGACAAGCUACUCGAUCACAGUUCAAGGUGUUGUUGAUCCAAAUGGUGUGUUUACCGACGUUUGUAUCGGAUGGCCUGGGUCUAUGCCUGACGACAAAGUUCUUGAACAAUCUGCGUUGUUUCAACGAGCUAAUCGUGGCUUGUUGAACAAUGUUUGGAUGGUUGGGAACUCGGGUGUUCCGUUAAUGGAUUGGGUUUUGGUGCCAUAUACACAUAAAAAUCUUACAUGGACACAACAUUCUUUUAAUGAGAAGAUUGGAGAUAUUCAAAAAGUUGCAAGAGAUUCUUUUUGUAGAUUGAAGAGAAGGUGGGGUUGUUUGCAAAAGAGGACUGAAGUUAAGCUGCAAGAGUUGCCUGUGGUGUUAGGAGCAUGUUGUGUUCUUCAUAAUAUUUGUGAGAUGAGGAAAGAAGUCAUUGAUCCAGAAAUUGCUAACUCGUUCGAGCUUUUUGACGACGAGAUGUUGCCGGAGAAUGCUGUGAGAUCGGCGACGGCGAUUCAAGCUAGAGAUCAUAUUGCUCAUAAUUUGUUGCAUCAUGGGCUUGGUGGCACUUCCUUUCUAUAGCUUUAGAUAGGGAGUAUUAUUAUUUGGGUGCUUUGGGAAUUUUUUUAUGUCAUUUACUAUUAUUAUACACAGUUGUUUUUUUUUUUUGAGGGAUUAUACACAGUUACUAUUACAGAUCCUUCAAUACAAAAUUCACAUUUGUUAGAGAAACACAAUAGUGUAGAUGGGAACUUGGUAUAGAGUUGUAAGAAAAUGGUUGUAGUUAAAUGAUGUAUUUUGCAUCGAAUAAAGAUUAAAGAAUUAGUCCCGCAAA